CCUCCACCAAAUCCGCCCAUCUCCAUUGAUUUAUGAGGGAAAAACUACGGAGAAAUCGGAUCUGCUCCCAUCCUUCACUCUCUUGCGUGGAUUGGAUUUGAGCUUCUCUCCAAGGUUCCCAUCAACAUGACCAGGAAAUCCUUCGAGAGAACCGGCAACAAGCUUUGGUCUGCUAUCUCGGGACAGCGGCAGCGCCAUGCUGUAGAUGUUGCUGUCCAUGAUGAGUAUUUCGCUGCCCUGGGUAACCUCCAUGGAGUAGGGCUCGAUCCCCAGCUUACUGUAGUCAAGGAUCUUCUCCACAGUGUACCCGCACUCAUAUUUCACCAUCGACUUUCCCCCGCUCGCUGCUAUAGCGUUGUUGAUGAUGAUGCAAGGACGUACAAAAGCAUCUUUGCCCUUCAAAAGGCAUAAAGCAUUGUUAAAAACCUCGCCAAAGAGCAUCUUAUCGCCCAUUUCAUCUCUAUACCACC